AUGGCCUUGAGCAACGAUGAAUUUGCCUGUAUCUCCGCAGCACUUAUCUUAGCUGAUGACAAUGUCGAUAUCAAAGGUGACAAGAUUGCAGCCAUUCUCAAAGCUGCCAACUAUGAAAUUGAACCGUAUUGGCCUGGUCUCUUUGCUGGUGCAUUAGAAGGUGUUAAAGUAACAGAUCUUAUUAAGAAUGUCGGUUCAGGUUCAGCCGCCGCUCCAGCUGCAGCUGCCGCACCUGCUCAAGCGGCAACAACCGCAGCUGACGGUGAUAAGAAAGCUGCUGGAAGCAAGACACCCGCGAAAAAGGAAGAAAAGAAAGACGAUUCGGAUGAAGGCGAAGAUAUGGGCUUCGGUUUGUUCGAUUAG